GUUUAUUAUUAAAAAACACAAAAUAACGUUACAAAAGAAAAUAUGAAAUUCUUACUAAUAAAAAAUAUAUAUUUUUUUAAGUUUUGGAGCUUUCAUCUUCAUUGUCAUCCUCUGCAUCAGUUUCUGCUAACUCAUUUUAAUUUAAAGAAUUCAUCGUGAAACUUGGCAGGUAUGACAUGUAAUUAACUAACGGCAGAAAAUAU